AUGGAGGCUUUAAGAAUGGACAACGACACGCGGGGAUGGAUCAUGUGCCUGAUCAGCGGGAUUGCCUGUGUCCUGGGAGCCAGCAUCAUCUGUGUCGACCUGAUUAUCCGCAUGUUCCCUGGGAAGGAGAACUUCCGAAUACAAGACAGCAAUUCGUUCCUUGCAUGCUCUCUUAGUUUGAGCUUCGGGGUCAUGAUCUUCAUGUCUUUGUACAGCAUGUUGCCGGAAUCAAAGAGCUACCUUAAGAAUGGAGGCUUCUCGGAGCAACCGGCCGGUUUCAUCCUGAUGGGCUGUUUCAUAGGAGGAUUCGCUGGCAUCCAGGUGAUAUCAAGGCUGUUUCAUCAGUUGCUCCCGUCACAUGUCGUCGACUGUGACCACAGCCACGGUGAACAGAAUGUUGACGGGCAUUCUCGCGCCACCAGUCAUAGUCGUAGGCAAUCGUCCCGCACCAGAGGCCGUGAAAGCCAUCAUUCCUAUCACUCGACCAUCCACAGCGCAAAGGGCUCCAUCGGCGAGAAUGGACGUGCCACAGAGUCGACCCCCUUGCUCUCGACGGAAACCCCAAGGGACGGCUACGGCCACGGGGCGAAGAGGACAGACACUGCGAUUGGCGAUGGUACCACCCACGGCCGCCUCCCUCGAACAUCUCGAAGCCGAGCCAGCACGCAGGAGAGAAGACAAUCGAUGAUACAGGUUCCGCAUCGCGUCUUGUCGUUUGUCAAGGAUACCAAGCCCAACUGCGAUGAAUCGGGUCCUUGUUUUGGCUACUCCGAUCCGUGUGGCCAGGAGUGCUUCAAACAUCUGAGCAGUCGAUCUGCCGUCACCUCUCGGGCGUCCACGUUUCUUCACACCACAACGAAUCUGCACGUAUACCCAGAAAAUGAAACACCAUGCGAAGAUGACAACGAGACGACAUCGGCAGUAAGCCCAAGCCGACGUACGAGUCGCGCCCAUUCGCGAGACCCUCACCAUGCCCAUUUCGAUUAUGGCGAGGAGGGUCGGGAGGUGAACGACUGCGACUCCAUGUGCUCCGGGGACCUGGAAGCUCAACAUCACCACCACGUGGCCGAGAACGCCUUCCUCUCCAUUGGUCUCCAAACAUCGAUUGCGAUUGCGUUACACAAGUUGCCCGAAGGCUUCAUCACCUACGCCACGAACCACGCCAACCCCUCCUUGGGCUUCAACGUUUUCCUGGCGCUCUUCGUACACAACGUUUCCGAAGGCUUUGCAUUGGCGCUUCCUCUAUACAUGGCACUGGAAAGCCGCGGUAAAGCCAUGCUGUGGGCUUCCGUUUUGGGCGGGUUGAGCCAGCCACUAGGGGCUGCCAUUGCCGUCAUGUGGUUCAAGAUCGCCAAGCGCACGCACAUGACGCCCGAUGCGGUGGCCUACGGGUGUUUGUUCGCCAUCACAGCAGGCAUCAUGGCGAGCGUCGCCCUACAGUUGUUUGUCGAGAGUUUGAGCUUGAAUCACAAUCGCAAUCUAAGCAUUCUCUUUGCUUUCCUGGGCAUGGCCUUGUUGGGAUUCAGCAAUGCUUUUACCUCGGAUGCGCAUUAG